UGCAAGCUGAACGUGGCUGAAGUGGGGUAUUUUUGGGGAAGCUGGAUAAGAAGCUUGGGCCAACAAAGGACAGGAGCAGGUAGGUGCAGCAGAACUGUCCUUCCCCGUGCAAUGCAUACUUCAACACCUCCCAUGCUGCAACAAAACUUCCGUGGCAUAAGCUACUGCCCUCGGUGAUGAGUGUCCUUGCUAGAUGCCUAGUCCACAGGACUCAGCUCGUCAGCACUCGAGCUUCCUCUAACUUGGAAGCUCAGCUUCACCGACGCUUUCAUUCCGCUACCCCUGGAGAAGAGGGCCCCGGUCCGCGAAGACCAGUUACGGAAGAGCUGAUCUAUCCCGAGCCGCCAGCGUCGAACCACCGUGACCUCCCUACCUUCCUCCAGUACGCAGAACGCUCGGGGCUCGACACCAAGUCGACCACUUUCGUUGGGACUCACUUCGAGUACGUCGUAGCAAACAGCCUCACCGAGCUCGGCUUUUCCCUGCGGAGGAUAGGCGGGAGUUCGGAUUGCGGAAUCGACCUCCUGGGGACGUGGUCGGUCCCGUCCUCGGACAAGCCUCUCAGGGUGCUCGUGCAAUGCAAAUCCGUGCAGAGGCCGGGCCCGCACCUCAUCCGGGAGCUAGAAGGCGCCUUUAUCGGUGCUCCUCCAGGCUGGAGGAGAUCCGGAGUCCUGGGCCUGCUAGCGACCGAAAAGCCGGCUACGAAGGGCAUUCGCGACGCGCUCGGCAGGAGUCGGUGGCCCAUGGGAUUCAUCUCGUGCUCCAGGACUGGCCAGUUACAGCAGCUUUUGUGGAAUCACCGUGCUGAGCAGGAAGGCUUAGAGGGUAUGGGAGUCGGCUUGAAGUAUCCGCGUGACGGUGGGGAAAGACAGCUUGCUCUAAUGUGGCAGGGCAAGCACCUGCCUCAGCUCGAAGAAGCCCCCGAUGGAUGAAGCUGGACCGCGUUUAUUCGAUCGACCUUUGUCCUCAGGGGUUAGGAGAUACCAUCCAUGUCCUCCAGUCGCUGAUCAACAAGAAAUGGCUUGACCCCCAUUGCCCCGACGUUGGAUUCCUACGGGGCCAGUGUCAAUUAUUCCUCGGUCCUUUUGCCCUCUAGACC